AUGGUGCGGUCUCUUCGCCGCGGCCUCCUGACGGCGGCAGCCGUAUGGGCGGCAUCGGCGGUGGCCGGCAGUGAGCAGGACAGUCACGAGGGCGACAACAAGUGGCUGGCCUCGAUUGUCACCGUCACGAGCACUGCCUAUCUCGACCUCAAGGACUAUGAGCAUAAGUGUACCCAAGGCCAUUACGCCUGUGGCCCUACUACUACACCCUUCCCGGAGCACAAAGAGUGCCAUGAAUGCCAGAAGGGCAAGGAAACACCCCCGGCCACCUACAACAAGGACCCCGGCAACUACAAUAAAGACUCUGGCAGCUACAACAAGGACCCCGGCACCUAUAACACGGCGACGGGCACAUGGGAUAAGGAUCCCAGCAGCGAGCAUAAAGACUGCCAUGAAUGCCAGGAGGGCAAGGAAACGGCCCCGGGCAGCUACAACAAGGACCCCGGCAGCUACAAUAAAGACUCUGGAAGCUACAACAAGGACUCUGGUAGCGACAGCAAGGACCCUGGUAGCUACAACAAGGACUCUGGUAGCUAUAACACGGCAACGGGUACGUGGGAAAAGGAUCCCAGCAGCGAGCACAAAGACUCUGGUAGCUACAGCAAGGACCCCGGCAGCUACAGCAAGGACUCUGGUAGCUACAGCAAAGACUCUGGUAGCUACAGCAAGGACUCUGGUAGCUACAGCAAGGACUCUGGUAGCUACAACACGACGACGGGUACGUGGGAUAAGGACCCCAGCAGCGAGCAUAAAGACUCUGGGUCCUGGAACAAGGUCCCCGAGAACUCGGGCUCCAAGGACUCUGGAAGCUAUGACAAGGAUUCCGGCUCCUGGAACAAGGAGACCGGCACUUGGGAACAGGGCUCUGGCUCUGGCUCUGGCUCUGAAUCUGGCUCUGGCAGCUGGGGCAAGGAGUCCAGCGCUUGGAACCACACCUGGGGAAACUGGUACACUGAUCCCACCGACGUCUACCACGGCCUCUGGAGAGGAUGCGGCGCCACCGAGCAGCACUGCCCUAGCGAGUGCAGCUGCAGCUCCAAGUCCAUCUGUGAGACCCCCAAGGGCCCUCAGUGCAAGUCUAGCACCGAAUGCAAGACCGGCGAAAUGUGUAACUCCAACGGUGUCUGCCAACCCAUCCCUGGUCCUCGCUGUGAAGGAAAAGCCUGCGAGGUUGACAACGGCGGCAAAUGUACCACUAACAAGGAUUGUGAGCACGGUCAAAUCUGCAACCAGCGCGGCUACUGCCAGAAGGUUGUCUUCCCCGACUGCGAGAAGAACUCGGACUGCAAAUGGGGCCAGAUCUGCACCAGCUGGGGAAUCUGCAAGACAGCUGAUACUCCCACUUGCCAAGACGACAAGGGCUGCAAUGACGAUCAUCUUUGCAACUCCCAGAGAAUCUGCCAGAAGGGUGAAUGGCCCAAGUGCAAGGCCGACACGGAGUGCAAGGGCGCUGAGGGCUGCUUCGAUGGUUCCUGCAAGUCCAAGGAGAACAACAAGUGCCGUGACAACCGACAGUGCGAAGACGGCCAAAUCUGCGACUCGGAAGGCCGCUGCCGCCGUGGCGAUCAUUUCCGAUGCAAGGUCGAUUCCGAGUGCAAGUUUGACCAAGUCUGUGACAUUCACGGCCUGUGCCAGAAGCGCGCCAUUGGACCCGUCUGCGGCACUGACCGCCAGUGUACGGAUACCGAGUUCUGCAACGCCUUUGGCCACUGCGAGAAGAAGCCAUUUGACCGAUGUGAGAGGAAUACUCAGUGUCUUCCAGGCGAGCUUUGCACCAACCACAGGUGCGUUCCCAAGCUUGGCUGCAGCCGUGAGGGUGACUGCCACAGGGGAGAAAUUUGUGAGAACAGUAUCUGCGUCAAGAAGUCUGAAUGUCAACACGACUUCGAGUGCUCCCAGGGAGACCACUGCUUCAACGGCAGAUGCCAGAAGAGACUCGAUACCUGCUCUCGGAACCAGGAGAUUUGCAGGGAUGGCAGAGUCUGCCUUGACAGGCAGUGCGUUGAGUGCACUCCGGAUCUCAUUGGACUUGGCAAGCGAGCACCAGCAGCCAUCCCCAGAUGCCCGACAGGAUACGACUGCAGACUUGGCAGAUGUGUCCAGGACACCGGCCUCUGCACUAAUGGACAGCUUUGUGAACUCAACAAAGUGUGCUCUAACAGCACGUGUGUGACCUGCAGCAACAUAAUUGCGUCCAGGAGGUGUCCGAUCGGAUAUCAAUGCAACAACCAACAGUGUGUCCCGGACACCGGCCUCUGCACCAAUGGACAGCUUUGUGAAAUUAACAGAGUGUGCUCCAACAACACGUGUGUAACCUGCAGCAACAUAAUUGCGUCCAGGAGGUGUCCGAUCGGAUAUCAAUGCAACAACCAACAGUGUGUCCUGGACACCGGCCUCUGCACCAACGGACAGCUUUGUGACACUGAUAGAGUGUGCUCCAACAACACGUGUGUAACCUGCAGUAACAUCAUUCCGUCCAGGAGGUGUCCGGCAGGAUAUCAAUGCAGGGGUGAUAGAUGCCGCUCGUUACUUGGAGUCGAUCCUGGCGGCGAGCUCGGAAACUCCGUCAACGGUCUCCAAUGGGCCUACUACAAGUUGAGACGCGCGGUCAGGGAUACUGUAACCCUCGCCGGCACCAUCCCCUUCCGUACCGCAGACGCCCAGACGGCGCAGAACUGGCCCAUCCUCCACUUCCAGCCAGAUGUCGCUCUCAACGGCCAGGUUGCCCUGGACUCAGGCUUGACCCAGACUCUGGGUAUUGAGAGAACCUGUCCUCCAGAGCAUGCUCACGUUUACGGUGACGAUGUUGGAGUUAGCAUCGAUUACAGCAUCAUCCAACACAUUGGUUACUUCCGUCCUAGGACUGCCGGUACCUACACAUUCCAGGUUAGUCCUGGCCUUAGGCAAACCGUCUAUGUGUGGCUCGGCAACAAUGCUCGAGCGGGUUGGACAAACCUCAACGCCAAUCUGAUUGCCGACGGCAGCUCACCUGCCGGCCUCAACGCUUACUUGAGGGUUGUUCCCGAAGGAGACGUUGGCCGGUACAUUCCCAUCCGUGUCCUGUAUGCCAAUGCUCAGGACUGCGGCCAGUUUGAACUCACCGUCCUUGGACCGAACAAUGCCGUCCUCGUCAAUGAGGAUUUGAACACGGACGAUGGACAGUUUGUGUCCCUCCGCGUCGCCUCGGCACAGAUCCCAUCCAUCGGCUUUGCCCCCAUCUUCGACGUCGAUUUAGGCCUGGGCAAUGAUAAUCUCGACAUCGGCAUCGGUGCGAACCUUGGAAGCCUCGGCAUCAACGCUGGCGGCAUCAAUGUUGGAGACACUGGCAAUGUCGGCGUAAACGUCGGUGGCAAUCUCGGUGGCAAUGGUGGUCUCGGAGCGAACGGGAAUGGCAAUCUUCUCAACUUGACCGCUGGAGGCAACGGUGUUGGAGUCGGGCUCAAUGGCAGUGCUCUCGGUGGUGGUCUCCCUGGCGUCGGUGCCGGCCUUGGCGUCGGCGCGGGCGUUGGCAAUGGUGGUCUUGGCCUCGGCGCGGGCGCGGGUGUUGGCAAUGGUGGUCUUGGCCUUGGUGUGGGCGUUGGCAAUGGUGGUCGAGGAAACGGGAAUGGUAAUCUUCUCAAUGUGACCGCCGGCGGCAAUGGUGUUGGCGUCGGGCUCAAUGGCAGUGCUCUCGGACUGGGUGGCCUUGACCUCACCGUCCCUAUCCCCCUCCCAUGAUUUAAAGUCUAAGAGGGGCGAGGCAUUGGCUUCUAAGAAAUGUAUUAUUAGUUUAGGAUAGUUCUUCAUAUUUUCUUUGUCUUUGAAUUGAAGUGGGUUGGUUAAA